AUGAUGGGUAGCCGGGCAAAUGUGAGACCGUUUAAUGCACAUGUUUUAAUUGGAAAUUGGUACGAAGAUCGGGUCAUGGAAGAGGAAGUACUAAAAGAUUUUCUAGAAAAGCGAUACACCGGUCAAUUGGCAUCACAAAAAAUGUCUGAAGUAGAAAAAAUGUCUCAGGGUGUAAGUUUAAGUGUUCCAGCUGGUGACAGUUUGCUCCGAUUUGGACAUCAAGUAAUACUAGUUAAUAAAUGGAUAGACUCGGAAAAUUUUACAGGUGAUCAGAAAGAGGCCAGCUGUCUCUUGUCAACGGGGAUAUCAUAUCCCGCUUCAUCGUAUGAUAAUAAACAGGCUAUUCAAAUGACUGCUAGUGGAACAACGAUGAUGAGACCUACUCAGCGUACGGCAUUAAUUAUACAAAAAUCACCGUAUGGUCGUGAAUUUGAAAUUAUGUGUGAACUAUCAACUGGAAGCCUAUCGGCAUAUAAGUCUCCUAUCUUGUGGACAUUUACAACUCAAUCAUCUUAUUAG